CGCGGGUGCAUUGGUGUGGCAUAAGGAACAUUUCAUUAUGUAAUCAUCCGUUAAGCACACCUUGAAUUGUACAUUUGGGAGUUGCACUUGCAGACCCAAGGAUACAUGGAUAUAUAUUAAUCGUCUGUUAUUCAUUGCCAAAGCCCAGGGAUAACUGCUGGCAGAAUUUAAUUGUGUCGCUGAUUUCCUUCGGAUGACUGUCUGUUCGAUCUGUCUGUAUCAAAACAAACGUACUGUACACAUAAUAUAUAAAGCAAACCAGCCUUGUAAUCGAGCAAGUCAACUUUUACCAACGUUUUGCACUCUCCACCAGUAAUCUGAUCUUGCAACUGCUGUUGACUUCGUUGAAAAGUAAAAUGAAGGUCAUCUUGUUGAUCAGCCUGAUUGGUUUCGUGGCCAGCCAGCAGUACGUGUGGGAUCUGUUGAAGCCGGCGCUGAAUGCAGCGGAAGUUCAGGCCAUUCUGGCCAACAAGGACCAGAACCAGUAUCCCACUCUGGCCGCCAUCCCUGACUCCGCCCAGAACUUUGACUGCUCCUCCAAGAAACAACCCGGCUUUUACGCUGAUGUUCCCAGCCAAUGCCAAGUUUUCCACCGCUGCGACGUCAACGGAAACCACACUGCUUACUUGUGCACCAACAUGACUGUCUUCAACCAGAUCACACUCAUCUGCGACUACUUCUUCAACGUCGACUGCGACAAGUCACCGCAAGUGGAGGAUUUUGCCAACUCGCGUCUGUACACCGACAAGCCCCUCUUCGACACUCCGCCGGCUGAUUACGUUCCUCCUGGAGUCGGUGCACAACAGAUCGUCGCUGCCCAACCUGUCCAAAAGAAAGCUGCAGCUGCUCCUAAGCCGAAAGCUGCAGGCAAGAAGGGUUUUACAGCUUAAACCGAACGAAUCCAAUGUUCCAAAUUGAGACGGAAAUAAGACCUGCAAGAUUUGAGCUUGUUAAAUGUUGAAACAAGGAUUUCGAGCUUGUUGUUAAGCGGCCUUUUGUUAAGACCUACUACAAAUUGUGUUGGGACAAUAGCAGUUCUGAUUUUGGUAGCAGUUCUGAUGAGGGAAUAAAGUAGAA